GAAACUCAGCAUGCAGGUGGCAGUCACUGUGGCUUCAUUCUUGAUUGGCGGCGUGCUUGCCGUGGAAAUACAUAACGACACCUUUGAAGCGAACUUGGUCCCAAAAGUCUUAGAUGAUUUAAUCAUUGGAGAACAAAAAUAUUAUACGAUAGUCAACAACCCUUCUUUUUUAACGAUGGCUACCUUUUCUUAGUCAACUCAAAUAGUGAGGAAUCUGUCACAAGGAUAGACAGUUCUUUAUUGAAUUACGGAAAAAUAGUGUUCGAUUCCUCACUGAAUGACGCCAAAUCUUCUUACCUCAUUAAUGUUGUAAAUGGCUUCGCUAACCGUGCUGAAAUGUAUUUCGGGACUUCAGGGUCCGAUAAAAGACAUGUGCCAUUCGUCAUUUUGUCUAGGUUUAUGUGGGAGAACAGUGGCUUAAUGGUAUUUCGGUCAGAUUCUACACGAUCAGGUCUUAUUAUGAGACGUGAGGCCUAUCCUGGCGAGGGAAUCAAUCCGACAAUCACAAACAAUGGAUUGAUAUGUCUUUACAAGACUCUGUGGUAUACCAAAUCAGAUAUUAUUGGAUCAGGCGGUAUCUUUGUGGGAGCUGACGCAUUUUUAACCUUAGAAUUCGAGUCAGGAGAACGAAUAUUUUCCAUUUCGGAAAAUCAAACUAUCUUUUUGGAAGCUCAUAGUUCACACUUAAGAGUUUACGGACUGGGCACUUCUCCUUCAACCAUCAAAGUCCGGAGCUUCGGUAUGGAAAAUCUUAUUGAAUUUUAUGUUGGUGAUGCUGAAGCACAACACACAUAUUUCCCAGAAACGGGAAAACUAACUUUUAACGUCUCAGACCAGUCUCAAAUUGAAUUUGAUAUUGGUAAGGGGUACCAGCCGAAGUGGUUCCAAAUUUCGAAAGCAGGAAAUUUUAUGAAUAUGAGAUACACGGGCUCACCAGGUAUGUAUUCUCAUAACAUAUCUGGAUAUCAAUGUGAUUCUAAGUUUCCUCAAGCGCCAGUAUCAAUUUUUGCUUCGUCUUCGUCCGCCAUUGAAUCUUAGCCUAUGUACCUCCACUAGCUUCAUUUAUAUCGACAUUCAUAUUGGGCAUGUUUUGUGUUUUUGCCCGUUGUUGUCUUCCUACUAUAUGUUGCAUAUGAUUUUUUACCAACUUUUUUGUGAAGUUUCUCAUUAUGUGUAGAGCGUGCAUAACGUAUUCCACAAUUCUGCUAGCAAUCAUCUCCUCUGGAAAUGAACCAUCAACUUGAAAGAGAGCGUGUCGAAUCAUCUAUUCCCCUACCUGACACUAUUUACGCAAUCAAUUCAGAAUUUAUAAGCAGACAAGACUGCCAAAAGAGCUAUUUGCUUGAAAGUUCAGCUCUUAGUGGGCGAUAGAGCAAGAUACAAAAACAAACGAGUUUGGUGAUCAAGAGAUUU